GACAAUGCCGUCCAUUCUUCAUUUCGGCGCCAACCGCCAACGUGAUUACCAUAUUUUAAUAAAUAAUUAGUUUGGUUUGGUUUGGUUUGACCAUUAAUCAUUUCGACCUGGGCACGAUGUAGAAGGUGCACCUCGUUUGAAGACAUGGAAAAGAACCACAAAAUGGUAAUUUUUAUAGAUUUUUUCUUCAAACGAUAUGAAUCGAUCUCCUUCAACGGCUGUGAAGCUCAAAAUGUUACCUAUUUUGAGUUUCAACAGCGGUUUCUGGAGAUGGAAACUUAUCAAUUGCUGAGAUAUUUCGUGUCGAAACGACGAGCCGGCGUUCGAGUCUUUUCCUCCGAAGAAGUUUACGACCUGGAAGUAUUGUGUUAGGUAGUAGUGGCCGUGGGGCUUUAGCAAGGGGUGGACAAUCUUCUGCUACGACUGCAGCAGAACUCUCUGCGACAGGAGAAGGAAACGAGGAAAGGGCAUCUUCUCGGUCUCCGGAAGCUGUCGCAGGGAUUGUUAGAUUUUAUUUUACACAAUAAUACCUAUACUGCUUACAAUGUAAAUUACUGCAUUUUUUUAGCUUGAGUGGUAUGUGACGCCGCUUACGUUUACAAAAACAAAAAACGUUAUUUUCUCUUCGUAGCAAUAGUCUCUGGUUUAUUUUAACUUUCCUAAACUAACCCUAACCGUCCCCCGUCCCGCAGUUCCGCCACUCGCCCUCGAAAUCGAGUGUUAGGUUAGGAGCAUAGGUGGAUCGUUAGUAGGGAUGUUCGAUUUAAAUCGAUUCUUCAGAAAAUCGAUCUUUUGAAAUGCGAUUUCUGAUUUUUGGAAUUGAUUAAUCCAAAACCGUUUUUUACUUUUUUUUUUUAAUUAAGAAGCAAACGCAGGUUCUUUACUCUAACAAAACGUAUCUUCAAAACCAAACUAAAAUGACCGAUCAAAGUACUACAACUGCGAUGGAAACUGACCAAAGUAAUAAUGAUCUUAUAGUCAACCCAGACACAUUGCAAGAGCUGCCCACAGCAAGACGAUCAAGAGCCAACUUGAAUGAGGAUCAGAAAGAAAAGGUGUUAAACUUCCUGGUUACAUUCGCUGAAGAAAUCUAUAAUAUGAUAAGGAUGCAAACACCAGCUGCUGACGCUUCAUAUAUAGGUCUUGGAAUGCAGGUCACCGCCAUAGUCUUCCAUACCUUCAACAUCAAGAGGCAAAGUACAUACGGGAGAACUGCUAACCAAUUGGCAAAAAUGGGUCAAGCUAGGGAAUUCAGCUUGAAUUUUUUAGGAACCAGCUGCUCUUUAAAAGACAUAGAAUUGGAAAAGAAGAUGGUAGAGAUUGCAACAAUUUUUGGACUACUCUUCAGACAAUACAGAGCAGGAGAUGCAGAAAAUUGGUAUUCUACAGCGGCUCCUUACUUAGACUUUUUCUCUGGAUAUAGACAUAGACUAGGAGAACUUAGGAGCGGUCACACCAAUAUGCCAGUUAGAAAAGCUAACGGGAUCAUAACAUCCUUUCCAGUUGCCUCAUACGGAAUCACUGCGCUCAUCACAUUCUAAUGGAGGGGUGUACUUUCCCACCGGAACAGAGAAGUUCAAUGCCUCAAUCCCUUGGAGCGGGAACUGUAUUGCUCUGUCACAUAAUGAUCUGAGGAAAUAUCUUAAGAAAUGGACUACAGCUGCUAAGAGGUCGAUGUCCCACAUCCCCAUGAUUGACGAAAUACUUGAGGCAUUGAAGGGGAAAACUGCAAGUGAACUCAGCGGCCUUGUUACGGCUAUCAUGGAUAUCUUGUUAGUAACCACUUCAAGGCAAACACAUAGAAUGUUUUAUCCCCUUAAUAUUCUUGUAAAACUGAAGUCCAUAACAAAUCCCCCUACAGGUAAUAUAAGAAUAGGAGAUAGAGACACUGGUCUCACAGGUGUCCCCCAAAUGUUACGACUAAUGAACAUGUCAGGAUGCAACGGCUUCUAUGUAUAUAAGUUAAUUUCAAUGAUUCCCUGGAAAAUGGAGGGCAACUUCUCCUCAUCGCAAGCAAAGCAAAUAUUC